CUCUCGUCCUUCCUCGGGUUUGCAGCCGCCCAAUUGGCUGCGGUUCUCAUCCCAUAAGGCUGAGUAAGGCCGUUCGUGCCGCGUUCCUUCCCUCUCGUCGCAUCUGCCGUCCGUCCGUCGACGUCCAUCCACAUGCCAGUGCACCCUGCAGCGGGCAGCGGGCGUGAGGGAACUCUGUGCCGCACCAAGUGCUGCGGCGCCACCUACUCCGUGGAAUCCAUCACGAAGGCGCUCAAAGCGGGUGGAGGGCGGACGGCGUGCACGGGGUGUUGCAAGGUGGGCUGGAUGGGUGGAUGGGAGAAGAGACACAUGGAUGGAUCUGUGUGUGGAAUGCGUUUCUGUGCCAUGGACGGAUGGAUGGAUGGUGUCCGCUUCAGGCCACGAUUCAGCUGACAGACCUCAAAACGGUCAAGAAGAUCAAGCCGUUCUCCCUGUUCCGCCAGCAGGCUGCUCGUAACAGCCUCCUCAUGGUCCCUCCCAUCGCCCCGGCCCCCCUCAACCCAUUCCGCAAGACACAGCUCAAGUACUCGCUCAGUGUCGGCACCACCGCCACCACCAACAACAACCGUCCCAUCGCCAUCCUGCCGCCGCCCAAGACCAAGCGUGCUGCCAUUCCCCCACCUCCACCGCCCUUCGGUGGCAAGAACAGCGUUGGCGGUGGCGUCGGCGUGUCGGUGCAGACGAACGGGUCGCGUGUGGUGCGCGGUGGGUCGCGGGGGCCCAUCCGUGUGAGUGGGGGCAGGGGCAAGGGGAUGGGAGUGGGAGUGGGCAUGUCUAAGUAUGUUGGUGUUGGAGUCGCUGGGGCCGCCCCGGUGUGCAAGAUGCCCAUGGUGCAGGGCCUGUCUGCCGGCCAGGUACAGUACGCCACACACAACACACAAAACACAGCACACAGCACACACAGCACACGGACCGGAUCCUUUCAGGUUGCGUUAUCCAUCUGUUGUGCUGUGCUGUGUUGUGUGCUGUUUGUCAGGUGUGUGUUGGUGGUUCUGCUGGUGCCGGUUCGAGUGUGAGUGUGGGCCCGUCGUCCAAGCUGCCCGUGUCGGUGUCGGUGCUCCGUGCCGUGAUGCCGCAGCUGCCCAUCUUCCAGGAGACCGACAUCACCCCCAAGAGCACCGACACACCCAACGGCAGCGGCAGCCCCAAGGACCCCGCCGCACCUUCCAUCCCCAAACACAAGACCAACACACAGCAGACACACACCGGCAACGGCGAGACCGCUGGGCCCGUCCACUCUUCAUCCAACAGCAAGCAGAAGCUGCCGGGUCAGAUGAUCUCCCCGUGUGUGGCGCCGGUCGCGACAGUGCACCUGAUGGGCGGCGGGGGCGGGGGGAGUAAGUGGGUCAAGAAGCGGCGGUCCCACAGCAAGCAGGGUAAGAGGGGCGGUGCUGCUGGCGGCUCGGGGCAGGCGGCUCAUCAGGCCACCGACCUGGCCAGCACCACGGGGGGCGGUGAUAAGGAUAAGGAGCGGGCGGGGGUGGUGACUAAGGGUCCCGUGUCGACGUCGGUGUGGCGGCAGAAGAAGUCCCAGCCCCCGGCCACCGUGUCGGCCGUGACGCAGACCUCCCCACAGCAGGAGAACAAGACGCCCGAGACCACGCCCCAGGAGCAGCAGCAGCAGCAGCAGCCGAAGGGCAACAAGAAGACGGCCGAGAAGAAGAAGAAGCCGGUCGACACGACCAAGACGGCCAAGGGGGGCACACACACGGGGGAGGGUAAGAAGGGGGGCAAGAGGCUCAGUGCGGGCUCGUCCGUCAGUGGAAAGUCCAAGCGGCCGAGUGGUGGGUCGACUGCGACUGCCAGUGGUGCGUCGGGUGUGCUGAGUGGUGCGGGGGCUGGGGGUGCUGGGGGCAGUAAGGAGGGGGCACUGCUGCAGUGGAGUUCCAUGUCUGCCGAGGACAAGAAGGUGAUGGAACUCAACCUCAAGGGCGGUUGCAUCUCCAAGUGAGGGGGGGACACGGACGGACAUAGAGAGGUCAAUGACACACUUGUGUACCAUGCACAGCACAUGUGUGGUUGGUGUGUGUCUUGUCCUCCUUUGGAUGCGAUGCCUGUAGGUAUGACAAGUGGGAGCAGCACUUCCAGGUCCGCACACACACACCGACACACACAGGGAGAGGGAGGGAGGGAGGGAGAGAGGGGGUUGCAUCCUUCCCAGGCGCACAAUGAUGGUUCCAUGUGUGUGUGCAUCGUGCAGGUGUUGUAUGCGUUGAAGAAGGCGUUCAAGACCACCCGCACCAACCGCUCAUGCCCCUGGUCCGAGGUCUCCGCAUCACUCGAGCACUACCUGGCCGCCGUACUCGCACGUAUGUAAUAAGCACCUCACACCUCACCACCACACAGAGACCCACACACACACAUCCAUGACAUGAGAGGGUAUGUGUAUGUGUCCCCAGAGCGCUCGUACGAGGCUAGUUUGAAGCUGACGGUCAAACCCCUCACCCGCACGGCCGCCGUGGCCCCCAUCCCGCCCUCCCUGCAGCAGCACGGCCGCCAGCCGCUCUUCACGUGCGACCUCUACAUCACAUUCCCCAAACCGUUCAAUCGCAGUAUUAGUACCAAGGUGCGUGGGCGGAGGAAUGGAUGGACCGCCAGCACAGACAUGGGUGUAUUCCCGUGUGUGUGUGUGUGUGUGCAGGUGUCGAGUUUUCCUCUGAAGGUGUGUGUGGCGAGCACAGUGGGCCCCAAGGAGGAGGCCAAGGGCUACGCCAUCACGGCAGCACUCCAGCACCUCAAGGUAGGUCAACCACUCUCUUCUCUCCUCUCCAGUCCCAUACCUCUCACCACAUGGGCCUUUGCAUUACGUCUGCGUGUGCAGAUUGCCAUUCCGGAGGGAGUGCAGAAGCACCUGGCUGCCUUCGGCAGCAAGACCGCAUCCGACACCAGUGAGACUGAGUGAGUGAGUGAGGAGGGCCAGUGUGUGGGAUCUGAGGGAGAGGUGGGGAGAAGGGGAGAGAGAGACACACAGACAGAUUGAUAGAGGGAGGGGAGAGGAGGUUUUACCGUCAUCACACAAAUUCAGGGACGUAGGACGGUGCAGGGAGGGAGGGAGGGAGCAGAAAUGCCUAAUGCAUGUCAUAUCUCUCUGUGCGUGUGUGGUUGAUGCUUCAUGUCUUGAUUGCAUCCAUCCAUCCAUCCAUGUGUGCGUGUAUGCGUGUGUGAUUGAUUGUACAGCCCCCCACGUAGUUGAGCCAGCCAGACCAGCCAGCAGCAACAUGUCCACACACAUAUGCAGACACACCUCGUCACAAAAAAGAGAGAGGUACAAGAGACAGAGCAACCCCCCCACCAGCACACAGAGUCUCACCCAACGCACCCGACAUCACAUACACAACACAGACAGGAGGAGGACAGAAGAGAGGGGGAGGCAUCUGUGGUCUGUCUGUCUGGCUGCGUGUGCGGCAGUGUGCCUUUCUGCUCGCCAUCCCACCAUUGGUUGUACCGACACACGCCUUGCACACAGCCAGGCGGCACAGCACACAGAUGCCUGUCCUCUCCUUGAGUCCCUGGUGCUGGUGCUGGUUGGCCGACACUCGUGCCGGGUGUGCGUGAUGCAUGCUAUCGUAUAGUGCAUGGCAUGAUGACCCAUGGCCGGCCAUGGACGGACAGAUGUUUGCAUAUCGUGUUGAAUGUUUAACUUAGCAUCAUAUCAAUGUAUCUCAGAAU